AAAGAUCUGGCAGGUGAUAGCUAAGAAAUGUUCAAAUAAAAUACUUUUUUUUUAUUUCACCGAUAUUGAAAUACUUUCAGUACAGUGUGUGUGACCAGGUGAUGUAUUCUAAGCCCUGAGACCUGGUAAUAUGUUACAUCAUCAGAAAUAUAUAAAUCAAAGAGGUUUUAAAAUUAUAAAUACAUUUUUUUAACCUGGAAGAUGUGAAUAAACGCCGUCUAGUUUAUCGAGAUAUAGCCUAUAAUAAAUAAAUAUAAAUUACUUAUAACUAUUAUUAUUUACAAUGUGUAUAAAGCUAUAUGGAGCAGUUAAAAAAUAUUGUGAAUCCCUAAUCCUUAAUAGUGCAGAAACCAAUAAAAUAAUUUAACUUUAAAAUGACUAAAAUUUUAUGAAUGUUUACCACAACGUUAAUACAAUUAAUGGCGCCCAAUUAAAAAAAACAUAUGGUGAAACUGUGGCUAUUAUUAAGAAAUAUCUCUGUCUAGUUUUAAAGAAAGAACUUGUCAAUACACUCACCGUUCAAUUCAAUGAUGAAUGCGAUUCUACCUAGUAAACAUUAAUUUAGUUGAGAAUAUCAAGCUGCUUAAGGAAAUUAUUAACACUUGAACAAUUAGAAAUAACGUAAAACUAAAGUAAAGUCAGAGAGAUAUGUAUAUUUCUUUUCAUACAUUUAAGCAUCUGCAUACAAUUUAUGUCAAUCAUCAAUAAGAAAGAAAUGGUUUAGUAAUAAAAAAAGGAUGGAUGUUUUGUGUGGCUCUCCUUCAUGUUUUUUGUUGUUUUUUUUUUAAAUUUUUUUUUUUUUUUUUUUUUUUUUUUUUUUUUUUUUUUAAUUUUUUUUUUUUUUUUUAGUUUACAGUUUUCGUACACAUUGACUACUAUAUUAGUCUCUUUUUAUAUUUUUUUCAAAAUAAAGAACAAAAUACAUUGUGAUUGACCUUAGCAAAGACUAAGAUACAACUAUGAUAUCAUUCAUCUAUUUUUAGUCAUAACUUUGAGACAUUACACUGCAGUAGACGCUAUGUGUCGAUGCUUGGGUUAUAAUGGAGGCUAAGGUAUGAAGUAUUGAUCGCAGGUACACAGUGUGGAGUUGCACAACGUACGUCACACACCGUGGCCUCGCAUCAAUAACCACGAAUAGAUAUUCUCAGCGGUUCUAAAAUAUGUGCAAGCCGGACAUCCGUCGUCAAAUAUGGUAUAACGUUUUUGAAGUUGACAACAUUUUUAGGAAUGAUAUAAAAAAAUGUGUAUUCAACUUUAACCAGAUCAGAAUGAACCUUUACAAGAUACUAACCAAUCCAUUAAUCUGUCGGGCAUCCGUUAGUCACAUACAAUGACUCCCUGUUCCAGUUAACGAACACAUGAGAGAACUUAUAUGUCUUGAAGGUCUGCCAAUGUUAUGACACUGCCGGACAUAAUUUAUUACACUUUAAAACAAACGCUCCCCAUAGAGAUAAGUACGAUAGUGUUGGCAUUGGUACAGACUUAGCCACUCAUUCAUUCUAGAGAGGUAUGUUCAUAGUAUGAUCUAGGGUAUAACACUAUAUUUACACUUUUUAUCUUCUUUAAUCCUUAGGAAUAAUAAGGUGGAAUCUUUGAUUAGGCAUAUCAUAAAGAUAAUGAAUUAAAUGAAAAUUAAACGUAGAUUUAACAUUAAAUAAUUCAUAUUAUGUAUUAUAUAUAUCGUUAUUUAUACAUAUGUGAUUGAAGUUUUAUUCUCAUAACAAUAGCGUAUUUUUUAUACUUUAGAUAAAUAUAUGGAUAAACGACUGUGUACACAUCUCUAUAACAAUAUAAAAAUGGUGAUGACAAUGGUUUCCUUAAUUUCUGAUAUUACAUUUUGGAUAUAAUUAGUCAAAGCAAGAUUAAACUCUAUUGCCAUACGUUGGAUACCACAUUCAACUGUCGAUAUCUGUAAACAGUGUUAUGGGAAACCUUUUAAAGAAUAUAUUUUUAAGGUUUUUUUAAGUUCAUGAAUUCGACAAACUAAUGCCAUUGUAAAAUAUUUAAGAAACGCAUUACUUCCCCUGCACCAUUUGAAACAUUUUUGUUCAUGCAAAGCUUGAUGCAUUUGACAUCAACCUAAAUGGAGAAGUGUUUUUUUUUCCCUACCGAAGCUCUCAAAUGUAAAAUUAAAGUAACUAGUCAGUCACGCAUUCAUCUGUCGGGUAGAGGGGGUUGAGUCAAUACAAAAAAAAAAGAACUACACAUUUACCUUAGUGAGAGCUUGGAGGCUGAAAUAAUUAAAUACCUUUAUUAAAUUUGUUACAUUAAAACUAAAAAGGUCAAAUCCCUCAAUACUUAUGUUUUUUAGAGAAUGUGAACAUCUAUUGAUGGCCAUACACACAACAAAUGUUAAUAUUUGUAAAAUUCAUACUCACACACAAUAAUAAUUACACUAUAUAUAUACAUAUGCAUAUAUAUAUGUAUGAUACUGAUAGCCAAUUAAAAGAUCUAUUUCAAAAGAACCCUACAUUUUAAAAAAAAUAUUUCUAAUAAUCCAUUGAAAUGGAAGACACAAGCCUAUAAACCCCGUCAUUGUCUCUACAAGACUGAAGUAUUGCAGUUGAUCUUUUAAUAACUGAACAACAACAAAAAUAAAAAUACCACCUGGCAAUAAAGAUCAGAACGUGUUGUUUAAUUGAAGAUAAAUAAAUCAAUUCAAGUUAUUAAAUGCGUUCGUAUUAUAUGGAUUUCGCUGUAAAUUGAUAUCAUUUUUAUUGUAAAAUUUUAAUUAUGUCACAUUAAUCACGCCCUUAAUACCGAAAAAAAAAAUAUUAAUAAAUAAAAGAAAGUUAGAUAGACUAAUUCACCCUUCUAAACGGUGCUUCCUCUGUGCUCAAAGUAAAGCAGAGAAUCCCUUGAAAAUCUCUUAUGAUGUCCUAUUGGCUUUUGAAUGAAUCCAAACUUAUUUGGUUUAUAUAUUAUAUCUAAUUUAUUAACAGAUUUAUCAAAAAAGACACAUUAAGAAGAUUUCAAAAUGUUGAAAGGUUUGUUGAAGUCGCUGCUGUUCGUGAUUAUGUUAAAUGUUGCCAUUGCCAGGGAUUCUCAUGAAAGGUGGGGACACUCAAUGGAGCACGGGUGAGCUUCGAGUCACUUUUAUAUAUAUAUAUUUUUAUAAUGUUGCAUAAAUUGUAAGAGGAUUAAGAAAGUGGUCCAAUCUUGACAAACCAAAGCCUUAAAUAAGAAAACAGUUUCUAGAUAGCAAUACCCAUUCUAAUAAGAUAUUCAAAAAAAAAUCUGCAUCAGUAACAAAGAAUAAUCAUUAAAGCUAAUUAUAUUUCAAAAUUUAUUUGGGGCAAAAUGUUGCUUGAUUUUUGAAAAAAGCUUUAAUCUAUGAGUGCAUGACAUUUCGCCGUUAUUUACAUUAACAGAAAAAAAUCCUAGAUUUAAAGUAAUGUGAUAGGAAAAGAACAUCUCAGCAAAAAAGUUUUGAACUUUUGAUCGACAUUACCUGACUCCAAGGACGUUUUAGAUAGCAAUGCAGACUUGUAAAUCCUGCUGUGGGUGGUAAUAAAGCAACUUAUAGUUCCAAUCGUGACUUUUUAAUACGACAGGAAUACCGACAUUAAGCAAAAAUCUAGUAAAUCUGAGACGAUGGGCCGUUAAUUGUUUCCUAUAGUUUAAAAAACUUAACGUGUCUUUUUAAAAUGAAACAAACGCAUAUAUCAAACACAAUAUAACAAAAAUAUGUUUAAAAACAAAUCACUAUAAAAAAACUGCUAUAAACUUCCAAAACACUUUUAAAAAAGUCGAGCUUACACUAAUGUCUUUGAUGAGUUGUUUGACAACUUAGUUAUGGACGUUUAAAACAGAAGACAUAAUCUGAACAAAAAAAUUCAGGACGAAACAUUCCCAACAUUCUAACUGGACAUACCUAACGGAAGUGUAUCCUUAAAUCCAAUUAAUUAUACUAUUUAUUAAACAGGUUGACUAGACGAAUCAGUCUUAAUAUCCGUUGCUUUUCCUCCAGAUUUAAAACAGAUGAGGGCUGGAUGAACCCUGGACAAGGGUUCAACGGUUGUAACUGCCCUAAGGUCAACCACCACCUUCCCAUAAUAAUCGGUUCUGUGUUAGGCGCCGUCAUCGUCGCUUUGCUAGUGGUCAUCAUCACACUGAUUGUACUGCUGAAGCGAAGGAGCUCUGUUCAGACCCCAGUGCCAGCUAUGGUCUCAAAUGCAAUGUACCCUGACCCAGAGAAGAAAGCGAUCAUGACCAUGGAUUAUCCGCCGUUGUACGCUGAUGUCAUGAAGACUGCCCCAGCAUUAUCCCCGAAAAAAGAUUUGCUAGUUUGAUCGACUCUACAAAGACACACAUAUUUUUUUUUUCAUUGAUACGGAAGUUUGAUAACAAUUUGAUAGUUUUAGUUUACUUUGUUUAAAUAUUUCAGAUUGUUUCGCUAAAAUAAUAAGCUAUCGAAAACGAAUUUAAAAAAUGAUGAGGAAAAUGCACACGCUAUUUAAAGUAAACGUGUCUUAAUGUUUCUAUGUCCAUUUUAUUGUACAGUUCCCUUUUAAACCCCAUAGUAAAACAUAUCAGUGUUACGUGGUGUAUGUAAAAUAAUGUACUAUACGCAUCUAGUACUUAUUAUUUUUAUUUAAUUAAAACAAAAUUCUUGGCUUCAAUUUUCUAAGAGUAGAUAUAAUUGUUAUUUCUGUUAUCUUAAAGAUAAAUGUACAAAGAAAUAUAUAUAUAUAGUAAAAAAAAACAUUUUUUAUGAGCUUCAAAACAAAAAAAUUAAAUGUACAAAUAAAACACAACAACUUUAAUAAUUUGUGUUUUUAAAUAUAUUUGUUAAUGUCUGAUACUAAUAAUAUGUGUUGUGUUUGCAGUUCGGGAUGUCUUUAGAUAAUGAAAUAUCACACACCUGCAGGAAAUGCACGCACACUGAAAUGAUUAAAUAGGUAUAAAUUAGCGUGCUUAUUUUUAAAAUGCAUGUUUAUUCUCAUAGAUUACGUAAGUAGAAUGUAUCAAUUCGUGAUCAAAUAAGUAGAAAUGGAAGAACAAAUUUAUGUUGUUUUUUUUUGUUACAUACUGAAAAUAUUUCUAUGAAGGAUGAAUCACACCAUAAUAGAUUAUUUUAAAAUAAACCUUACAAACUAAUGGGACAUCAGUGUUCUUAUUUAAAAGAACAUAUAAAAAAGCAUCCUUCUAAUGACAUAUCUUAUGCGUGUAUCUUGCAGUGCACUAUUACCUUUAUAAAGACGUCACAAUGCAGUGAAAUCUAUCUCUACGUGGUCAUUGGAGGAUACCAUAUUUACCUUGUUUUACUCAAUUUCUUUUGUAACUCAUGGAAGACGUUUGUUGAUCUAUUAGUAUAUCUUGGAUAAUAAGGUCAACUGUUUAGAGCUAGCAGUGGAGGAAAUGUAGGACAGUGUUUAAUCUGUUAUAUCUUAAAUCCACUGGUUGCUGUGAAUAAUCUCUAUUUUUUUGGUGUAAAACCAACCUGGUAUACACCGAUCAAUGUCCCCAGC